AGAGUGCAAACACGCAUACAGUGACCUAAUAAACAGAACCGGAGGAGGCUAUAAGCUGAAAAACUGCAGAAAACGACACUACAGUACAAGGACCACGACGGCCACUAUGACCGCUAUGAGGAGGCCUUUGGAAUGGCUUUGUUUAAUGCUAGUGCUCGUCUCAGGUGGUGCUCAGACGAUCAACUCAGACGGCUGCCCGGCCUGGUCUUCUGAGCCCGUCUUGGAAAAGCUGAAGGUCUCGGAUGAAUGCUUUGAGUUGCUUGCUGACAAGUGGAAUGACACUCAGACUGCAGCUAUACUUGACAACCUGCGCCGGCUGACAGACGUUUUACAGAAACAGCAAAAAAAAGAAUGUAAAGAGGUCAUGCCUGGUGACUGUCCUUUUCCAGUCAUUCCCAGUAAAGGAGGACUGGUGUGUGUAUCUGCGGAAACGAAGGUUUACUGCAAACCAAUGUGCAAUGAGGGCCAGGACUUCUCCUUUCUGAGGAGAACGAGGGUGUAUGAAGAAUGCAGUGCCACCACUAAUAAGUGGACAACACAAUACGUGGGUGGGAACAAGCUGGCCGUCUGUAACAAGUCUGACAUCCAGAUUUCAGGAGUUCCUUCAGCCUAUUUCCCUAAAGACCAGGACUGUUUGAAGACCAAGAGCGAGCAGGCUCUAGAGAAGAAGGUCAUCGAGACAUUUGAGAAAGAGCUGAGAGAUAACAACAUCCAAGGCCAGUUCACACAUAGCUGUCUCAUAUGUGGAUAGCUAGUUGAUGUAUCUCGACCCCCAAUGGAACUGAAGUAUUCAAUUUGACUGAUUAUUUCCAGUAUGAAUCUGCAUUGCCUUUAUAUUGAAUAGCCUUUUCCAGUGUGAAAGUAAUAACCUCGAGGUGAGUCUAAAUCACACAGACGUUCCUGACAGAACAGUAAAAACUGCUACAUACAGCAAACAUUAAAUAUGUCUUUCUGGCUUAUUCAGAGACUCUUUCAUUGUGUUAACAGCUAAAUGGUCAAUAUUCUGUCCUCAAUAAAAUACCUAAACUGA